UAAGAACAUCAUCGGCAGAGUCGAGAACAUGUGGAUUAAAGAUGAAGACACGAAAAGGCGAUUGAAGGAAUUGGUGAUGGAACUGAAGGACGCUGGUUAUGACGCUGACGACUUGCUUGAUGAGAUCCAGUUCCGGGUUCUGAAGCAACAGAUCGAACAACAAGGAGCUCUUGGGGAUGAGACAAGUAACCAAUCAUCUUCUUCUUCCGGUCUCCCUCCUUGGAAAAAGAUGAAAAUUUCGGUACCUGCAGUUAUCAGUCGCUUCUUCGGUAGAGAUGAUGUGAAUAGAGUGAGGAAAACUCAGAUGAAGUUAGACACAAUCACUACUUGCAUCGAUGAUCUCAUUAAUACAUUAGAUGCUGAUGAGAAACAGAUGAUAACGUCAGUAGUGGAACGAACCACCACUUCCUCACCCAUAGAAACUCGAGUAUUCGGACGAGAGGAACAGUUGAAUCAACUUCUGGGACUGUUGAUGCAAUCUGCCGACGGAUCCGGAUCUAGCAACAGUAGCAUCUCAACCUUAACUAUUGUUGGGAUCGGAGGGGUCGGAAAGACUACUCUUGCUCAGCAAGCGUACAACCACGCGAGGGUGCAGGACUGUUUUCAGCUUAAGGUCUGGGUCUGUGUAUCCGACAACUUCAACGUGGAGAGGCUUACCAAAGAGAUCAUAGAAUCCUUAACCAGGAAUACGUGUGAUCUCAAUAACUUUGAUACACUUCAAGUGGUAGUUAAGGAGAAGUUGACCUCAAAAAGGUUCCUGCUUGUCCUCGACGAUGUGUGGAGCGAGGACAGCCUGAAAUGGGAAAGAUUUUGUGCACCAUUGAAGCACGGAGAACCCGGAAGCAAGAUUUUGGUUACGACUCGCUCUAAAAAGAUUGCAGACAUGGUUGGCAAUCCGUUCCCUCUAGAUGGUCUGGAUGACGCCAGCUAUUGGGAAUUUUUCAAGCAAUGUGCAUUUGGUUCCGAAUACGCCGGUGAAUGUCCACAGCUAGAGGCCAUAGCAAAGAAGAUCGCUUACAGGUUGAAUGGGUUGCCACUUGCGGCAAGGACGGUAGGCGGGUUGUUGAAGCCGCAGAUGAAUGAGAAGCACUGGAGAAACAUCGCAGGGAGUGAAAUCUGGCAACUACAGCAUGACGAAAAGGGUGUCCUGCCAGUCCUACAAUUGAGCUAUCAAUGUCUUCCCCCAUACCUUAAGCGGUGCUUUGUUUUUUGUUCCCUGUUCCCCAAAGAUCAUCGAUUUUAUGAAGGAGAUGACUUGGUCCGGCUUUGGAUGGCAGAAGGCUACGUUGCUCAAGACAACAAUAUGACGAUCGAGGAUACAAGAAGCCUCUACUUCAUUGACUUAGUGAAUAGGUCUUUCUUUCAGGAAGGUCCUGUGGGAUGGGAAUAUAUGAUGCAUGACCUGAUACAUGAUCUUGCUCAGUUUAUUUCAGAGGGGGAGUUUUGCAUGAUCGAUGAUGAUGAGUCGAAAGAGAUCCCUAAUACGAUUCGUCAUCUGUCAGCAACAUUAACCGAUAAAACUAAGUUAAUGGAGUUCUCCUGUUAUGAGAAAUUACGGACCCUCAUGAUCAAUUAUAAAAGUCAUUGGCAUGACAUUGGAGUCGAGGGCUCUUUGUUCCUCCAGUUUGAAAGAUUAAAAAACAUUCGAGUGUUGAUAUUACAGAGGUGUGGCUUGCGGGAGUUGCCUGAGACAAUUGGUGGCUCGAUACACCUCCGCUAUCUUGACAUAUCUCACAACUUCUACUUUAGGAGGCUGCCGGAGUCGUUAUGUGGUCUUUACAAUUUGCGAGUACUGGAUCUGUGGGGCUGUGAACUACAGAGUUUCCCGCACGGCAUGAGUAAGUUGAUCAACUUGAUGCAUCUUAAUGCAGAAGACAAAAUAAUUUCCGAGAUAAAUGAUGUUGGGAAGCUGACUUCUCUUCAAGGACUGUGUUCAUUUAAAGUACUCAAGGAUAAGGGACACGAGGUUGCCCAAUUAGGCAGUCUGAAAUAUCUUCAUGGAGAACUUCGAAUUACCAGCCUUGAGAACGUUGAGAGUCAACAAGAAGCAAACAAGGCUAAUCUGAACAACAAACAGUACCUUGGUGCACUGGCCUUAGAAUGGACAUCGGAUGAUGGCUCCAGUUUGGACGGCAACGAAUUAGUUGGGUCGGAGGAGGUACUUGAAGGUCUCCAACCACAUCAGGCUCUCCAACGUUUGAUGAUCGUAGGGUACAUUGGUGUCAGAUCACCCAGUUGGCUGCAGGCACAAUUGUUAGCGAAUCUGAGAACUCUUAGAUUGAUAAACUGCAAAGCAUGGAAGGAUCUUUCAUAUAUUGGACAGCUACCGAAUCUCAAGAAACUUUACGUGAAGGGAAUGCCUGCAGUGAAACAAAUAAGUCAUGGAUUAAGUACAGAGAGCAAGUUCUUGCCUAAUCUGGAAGAGCUAGUGCUGGAGAACAUGGUGGCACUGGAGGAACUCCCGAGUCUUGGACAACUGCCGUAUCUCAAGGUUCUUCGCAUCGAGAGAAUGCCGGUAGUGAAGAAGGUGGGCGAUGGAUUCUUUGGUUCUAGAGACCAAGACAAGUGUUUUCCUAGCUUGGAGGAGCUCAAGUUUAGGGGCAUGCCACAAUGGGAAGAGUGGUCUUGGGCUGAUGGCCGACAGCUGUUUCCCUGCUUGCGAAUUCUUGAAAUUGUACGGUGCCCGAGGCUUAAGAGGUUGCCACCCCUCCCUCCGCUUGAAACAUUAAGAUUAGAUGAAGUCGGAUUGACAGAAGUUGCAGGGUUACGGGAAGGAAUCCAUGGAGGCGGCAGUUGUAUAACUGCUUCUCUUUCAUCAUUAGAAAUAAUUCAAUGUCCAAAUCUAAGAAAUCUGGAAGAAGGGUUGCUAUCGCACAGCUUCCAAAAUAUCCGUGACAUUGCGAUAUUGGAAUGCGCUGAACUCGUGUGGCUGCCGGUGAAGGAGUUUAAAGAGCUCACCUCCCUUGAGAAGUUGUCAAUCCGCAGUUGCCCGAAGCUCUUGAGCAUGACGCAAGAUGGGGACAAUGACAUCCUCCUCCCACCCUCAAUCAAGCAACUAAUGCUGUCUGACUGUGGGAAUCUGGGAAAAUUGCUACCGGGCUUCCUGCACAAUUUGACCUCACUCACACGAUUGGAAAUAUGCGGCUGCUCGUCCAUAGAAUCUCUUCCAGAAACGUCGCUGCUUCACCUGAAACGACUUGAAUAUCUGAAGAUUUGGAAAUGUGGUGAGUUGAGAUCAAUAGACGGGUUGCGAGUUCUGGAAUCCCUCAGAGAAUUGACCAUCAAACUAUGUCCCAAGCUGUUGCUGAAUAAAGGGAAUGAGCAAGUGGAGGGUUUGUCGCUGCCUAAAUUAUGCAUCGACGACACAGCCCUGUUCAAACUAUCGCUCUUAAGAAGGACACUUCCAUCCGUCCGUGCUCUCACAAUCUCAAACUUUCCUCGAGCGACGAUGUCUGAUGAGGAGGAGCAGUUGUUGCGAAGCCUCACAGCUCUCAGAUCGCUAGAAUUCUUCAAUUGCGAGAAUCUACAAUCGCUACCGAGAGAGUUGCAUGCCCUUUCCUCCCUCCGGCUUUUAAAAAUAAUUAGAUGUCCGAAGAUUCAGGUGCUACCUGAGAAGGGGCUACCGACGUCCCUCACGAAUCUAAUUUUCAGUUAUUGCCAUCGGAUGCUGAGGGAGCAGCUGGAAAAGCACUUGGCCGAGAUGAAGAGCUCGGGUAUAAAAGGAGUAGCUCGGAUAUCAUUUGAAGGACUAUUUAAGAGGAUUGUACAAUCCUCUAACCUUUGUGCUUGGAGAAAGAAGGAUCAGCCCUGCACUGCGAUGUCGUCGUGGAUACUACCAGGCUUGGGAUCGCUCGGAGAGGCUUUCAUCGGGAGCUUGAUAGGUAAGAUCACCGACUAUGUGAUCGAAAGUGUUUCGGAGGUGUUCGGAGUCGGAGCUAAUCCCGGAGACGGAACUGACCUCCUCAAGCUGAAGACUACUCUUACCAAGACUAAGAACAUCAUCGGCGGAGUCGAGAACAUGUGGAUUAAAGAUGAAGACACGAAAAAGCAAUUGAAGGAAUUGGUGAUGGAACUGAAGGACACUGCUUAUGACACUGAGGACUUGCUUGACGAGAUCCAGUUCUGGGUUCUGAAGAAACCGAUCGAGCAACAAGGAGCUCAGGGUGAUGAGGCAAGUAACCAAUCAUCUUCUGCUCCCGGUCUCUCUCGUUGGAAAAAGAUGAGAAUUUCGGUUCCUAAAUUUACCAGUCGCUUCGUCGGUAGAGAAGAUUAUGUAAAUAGAGUGAGGGAAAAUCGGAAAAAGUUAGAUGAAAUCAAUACUUGCAUCGAGGUUCUCAUUAAUACAUUAGAUGCUGAAGGGAAACAGAUGAUAACGUCAGUAGUGCCUCGAACCACCACUUCCUUUCCGAUAGAAACUCUAGUAUUCGGACGAGACGAACAGCUGAAUCACCUUCUGGAACAGUUGAUGAAAUCUGCCGAUGGAUCCGGAUCCAGCAACAGUAGCAUCUCUACCGUAACUAUUGUUGGGAUCGGAGGGGUCGGAAAGACUACUCUUGCUCAGCAAGCCUACAACCACGAGAGGGUGAAGGACUAUUUUCAUCCUAAGGUCUGGCUCUGUGUAUCGGAUAACUUCAACGUGGAGAGGCUUACCAAAGACAUCGUAGAAUCCAUAACCGAGGAAAAGUGUGAUCUCAGCAACCUUGAUACACUUCAAGUGGUUGUUAAGAAGAAGCUGACCUCAAAAAGGUUCCUGCUUGUCCUCGACGAUGUGUGGAACGAGGACGGCCUGAAAUGGGAAAGAUUUUGUGCAUCAUUGAGGUACGGAGAACAAGGAAGCAAGAUUUUGGUUACAACUCGCUCUAAAAAGAUUGCAGAAAUGGUUGGCAAACCGAUCCCUCUAGGAGGUCUGGAUGAAGCCAGCUAUUGGGAAUUUUUCAAAAAAUGUGCAUUUGGUUCCGAAGACGCCGGUGAAUUUCCACAGCUAGAAGCCAUAGCAAAGAAGAUCGCUGGCAGGUUGAAGGGGUUGCGACUUGCGGCAAGGACGGUAGGCGGGUUGUUGAAAGCGCAGAUGAAUGAGAAGCACUGGAGAAACAUCGCAGGGAGUGAAAUAUGGCAACUACAGCAUGACGAAAAUGGUGUCCUGCCAGUCCUACAAUUGAGCUAUCAAUGUCUUCCCCCACACCUUAAGCGGUGCUUUGUUUUUUGUUCCCUUUUCCCCAAAGAUAAUCGGUUUGAUGGAGAGCACUUGGUCCAACUUUGGAUGGCAGAAGGCUACGUUGAUCAAGACAAUAUGAAAGACAAUAUGACGUUGGAGGCUGUAGGAAGUGACUACUUCCAUGAGUUAGUGAACAGGUCUUUCUUUCAGGAAGCUCCUUGGGGAUCGACAUAUGUGAUGCAUGAUUUGAUACACGAUCUUGCUCAGUUUAUUUCAAAGGGAGAGUUUUGCAGGAUCGAUGAUGAUGAGUCGAAAGAGAUCCCUAAUACGACUCGUCAUAUAUCAGCAACAUUAACCGAUGGAACUAAGUUAAUGGAGCUCUCCUGUUAUGAUAAAUUGCGGACCCUCAUGAUCAAUUCCAAAAGUCAUUGGUUUAGCUUUGGAGUCGAGAGCCCUUUGUUCAUUCAGUUUGAAAAAUUAAAAAACAUUCGAGUGUUGAUAUUGCGCAACUGUGGCCUGCGGGAGUUGCCUGAGAAAAUUGGUGGCUUGAUACACCUCCGCUACCUUGACAUAUCCUACAACCGUUACAUUAAGUGGCUGUCGGAGUCAUUAUGUGAUCUUUAUAAUUUGCGAGUACUGGAUCUGUCUGAAUGUGACCUGCAGAGUUUACCGCACGGCAUGAGUAAGUUGAUCAACUUGAUGCAUCUUAUUGUAGAAGACAAAAUAAUUUCCGAGAUAAAUGAUGUUGGGAAGCUGACUUCUCUUCAAGAACUGUGUUCAUUUAAAGUACUCAAGGAUCAGGGACACGAGGUUGCCCAAUUAGGCAGUCUGAAACAACUUCGACAACUUCGAAUUACCAACCUGGAGAACGUUGAGAGUAAACAAGAAGCAAGCAAGGCUAAUCUGAACAACAAACAGUAUCUUGAAAAACUGGUCUUAGAAUGGACAUCGGAUGACGGCAAUGAAUUAAUUAUGUCGAAGGAGGUACUGGAAGGUCUCCAACCACAUCAGGCUCUCAAACGUUUGACGAUCAGAGGGUACACUGAUAACUCUUGGUUUGAAAAAUUGCAAAGCAUGGGAGGAUAUUUCAUGUAUUGGACAGCUACCGAAUCUCAAGAAACUUUACGUGAAGGGAAUGCCUGCAGUGAAACAAAUAAGUCAUGGAUUAAGUACAGAGAGCAAGUUCUUGCCUAAUCUGGAAGUGCUAGUGCUGGAGAACAUGGUGGCAUUGGAGGAACUCCCGAGUCUUGGACAAUUGCCGUGUCUUAAGGUUCUUCGCAUCGAUCAAAUGUCAACAAUGACGAAGGUGGGCCACGGGUUCUUUGGUUAUAGAGAUCAA